AUGUCUAGCAUUCUUUUUGGCGCCAAAUCUAACGCCGAUACAAGAAAUAACAACGACUCAUUUCUCUUUCUUUCACGUUUUUUUCUCUCGUUUGUACGACAUUUUAUCCAUCGCACAAUCUCUCUCUUUCUCUCUCUGCCUCUCUUUCUCUCUCUCUCUCUCUCUCUCUCUCUGAAAUUCAUAAGACUUAUAUUUAAUUGCACUGGACACCAGCUUCCUCUCUGUUUCCUUCUUUUAAUUGUUCUCUCAAACUGGGAGAAACUUUCUUUCUUUCUUUUCAAUUAUUCCACCACAGUGGAGGAGAUUUCUUUCUUUCUUUCUUUCUUUCUUUCUUUCUUUCUUUCUUUCUUUCUUUCUUUUCAAUUAUUCCUCCACACUGUGAGUCACUUUCUUUCUUUCUUUCUUUCUUUCUUUCUUUCUUUCUUUCUUUCUUUCACUCCAUCACACUCGCCUUCUUUCUUUCUUUCUUUCUUUCUUUCUUUCUUUCUUUCUUUCUUUCUUUCUAAAUUAUUCUACCACACUGUAAGUCUCUUUCUUUCUUUCUUUCUUUCUUUCUUUUCUUCCACUGAUAAAGCUCCAGCGAUUCAUUCAGUUUUUUUCUUUCUCAAUUUCUCCCACGCAACCAUUUCUUCAUCGACACUCCUCCCCGAGUCAAUUCAUGUUGUGAUUCCAUUUUUAAAUUAUCUCAUUUCUCCUUUUGAUCCUCUAGUCUUUCUUUAUCAUCUCUUCCACCCACUUUUUCUUCUUCUUUUCUCUUUCAUUUUUUUAAAAAAAUUCCUCCCCCUAGUCACUCCACUUCCUUCCGUAUUCCUUAUUUCUUUGCCCCCCCUCCUCUUGUACUUUCUCCCUUUUCUUUCAUUCACCCUCCCACGACAAGAACAUCCUCCCCCUUACUUCUUCACGCAAUUUCUUCUUACUUUCAGUUUGAAUCCAUUGAAGCCAUAUUCCGCAAAAGAGAUGCCGGAAUCAAAGACGACUUUUGUCUCUGUGGUUCGGAAACUAUUGUGUCUUUAUUUACUUAUGAAUGUAUGUCUUUCAAAUCCCACAUUAUAUAUGACAUUUUUAUUUAUCUAUCUAUCUAUCUAUCUAUCUAUCUAUCUCACUCAUGUUUCCAUCAGUAUAUCACAGUCUGCUCCUCUUUAUCUCAGACAUUUUCUUUUUUUUUCUUUCUCCCUAUCUAUCUAUCUAUCUAUCUAUCUAUCUAUCUAUCUAUCUCAUUUUUUUCAACUCUGUCUAUCCUUUCGUCGUUGUCCGCGCUUCUUUUUUUUCCUCCUUUUCACGUAUUUCUUCUUUCCGUCUUUUUGUUUUUCCUUUCAUCCUCACUUACUGUCUAUCUCCCUCUUUCUGUUCAUUUUCUUAAAGAAACUAUUUCUUCAGUUUUUUUUUCCGCUACCAAAUUCGUUGUACCGUUCCAUAUUUUAUUUCUGUUCAUUUUCCCCCUCUCUCGCAUUUCCUUUUAUCUCUAACUUCUUCCGCUGUAAACUCUCCUCUUCGAUUCUCUUUCUACCCCUUCUAAUUCAUUUGUUUUCUUCCUUCUCUCUUUCCCUCUAUUAUUCUUUAUUCUUUCUCCUCUUCUGCUUAUCCUCGCCACCCACUUUUCCCGGCAACCUCGGCUCAUUUUCUCCUUCAAUGCCGUUCCUUUCCUCCCACUGGAUUACUGCAAUUAUUAAUAUUGGCCAGGCAAUCAAUGGUGGCCUGUGCAAUGGAGCAAGCCCCUACAUCUAUCUAUCUAUCUAUCUAUCUAUCUAUCUAUCUAUCUAUAUCUAUCUAUCUAUCUAUCUAUUGCAGUCUGCUUCUAUCUAUCUAUCUAUCUAUCUAUCUAUCUAUCUAUCUAUCUAUCUAUCUAUCUGUAUCUCUUCAUUGUAUCUCUCGCUAUAUAUUUAUGCUUAA